UUGAAGCGGGAGGCGGGUUGGUUGCGCGCGAGACGUUAGCAGCUAGCAGUAAAGACCUGACAUGUUCACGAGCUGUUUUAUUUCAAUUUAGUUUCAAGUAAUUUGAUAAUAGUUGAAGAAAGUGUCGCGUGCGAUGGAAAAGCGGAACGUGGAGAAGUUAAACUCACCGUCUGACUUCAUGACGACACAUUUGACAGGUGUGACCUGUGCCUCCUCAUCACUAGCCCUGCUCACUCCAUCUCACUUCACUGUGACCUCGACCCCAACCUUGACCUCUGUGACCCCUGUAUGCUCUGCCCCCUCCCUCCCACCCCAUGGGGCAGAUCCACGGGCCCUCCUCACACACACUCAACCUGAAGCGAUGCAGCUCCACCAGGAGAACCGGAGACUGCUCCACACACUCCACACACACGCCUCACACACACCACUGAGAGAGGAGGUGGAGAGGCUGAAGGAGGAGCUCAGAGAGAGAGACAGCAUCAUCAGCAGGCAGUGUAUUGAGCGAGAGGACUUGUGUGCUGAACUGAAGCAGAGCACACAGAGGGUGCAGCAGAUGUGUGAGCAUCAUGCAGCAGAGCUUUCAGCUUUAACUCACAAUAACUCAGAGCUGAAGAACACACUCCACACUCUCACACAGCAAAUGACAUCACUCAGGCACCAGGUAGAGGAAGUGACAUCAGAGAGAGAUGUGCUGAAGGAACAGCUGAGUGCUCUGAGCAGGGAGAAAGCGGAGCAGGCCGAGACUCUGCACAAGUUACGCACCUACAUCGGCACACACACCAGAGGAGAGGAACAACACACACUCAUAGAGAGGCUGCAGAAGGAGAAAGAAGCAUUGUGUUUAUCUGUUGAGCUGUUGAACGUCCGAGUCAAAUCAGCUAACGACAUCCUGACACUACAGGAGAGAGAGCUGGAGGAGCAGCGUGAUCCUCUCCAUAAAGACAGGUCUGCUCGGUUGUUGAGUUUGUGGAGAGAGAAGGUCUUCAUGCUGCUCGUACAACUACGAUCAAAAGACUCACAACUACACACUGAGAACACACAACUACACCACUCGGUCUCGGAUUUGCAGCAGUUGGUUCAGAAGCUGCAGUCGCACAUUGCCUUAUUACAACACAACCUUCAGGACAAAACCGCACAACUACAGCUGCACAACUUACACACACAGGAGUUGCAGCAACAGCUGUGUAGUGCUGUUGAAGAGAAUGAGAGACUGAAAAAACACAAAGAGAGCAGUGAGAAAUCAACUGAACACCUUACUGAUACUGUGCACAGGAUGAGUGUGUGUGUUGGGGAGUGGGAGAGUCAGAUUGAAGCUGCUCAGUGUCGUAUGAGUGCUUUGACACAGAGACUCAACUUUGCCAGCAUACGUCUCCACACUGUGCACGGUUUGCUGAUGAGGAGAGAAGCUCUAUGGAAAGUACAACAGGCCACAAAACCUGCAGAACCUACAGCCUCAGAUAGCUGCAUUGAGAGACUGCAAUUACAGGUGGAACUUCUGAGCUUGGAGAGAGACACACUCACCCAGGAACUGAAACGAACACCACAACUGAUUAAUAACGCACUGAGAGACCUACAGCUACAGUUGGACAGGAGCAGGGAGGAGUUAGCGGUGUGUGAGUUGCGGUGUGUGGAGGCUCACACCCACUGUGAGGAACAGGAGAGGACCAUUGUCGAGCUGCGUGCUGAGGCCCAUCACACACAGACCAUUCUACAGGAGAAACUCUCUGAGGUGGAGAGUGUGUGUGCCAUGAAGCUUAAAGAGAUGGAGAGUCACCUAAACACAGCAAGGAGAGAACACACUAAAGCAGUUGUAGCCUUGCGCCAGGUGGAGCGAGCAGCUGAGAGAGAGAGACAGCAGGAGAGAGAGGCGGAGAGAGCACGCUCAGAACACACGCACACACACAUCACACAACUACACACACAACUCAAGGAAAAGGACAGAGACCGCCACAUUCUACUGGCUGUGGUUCAGCAGCAGGGUUUGAUGAGUGAGUAUAAAAAGGUGAGAAGAGCAGCGAUACACACAUCUACAGCUCUGACAGAUGAACAACAACAUAAACAACAGCAGCAGACUGGAGACACUGGACAGCAAGAGGGAAGUGUGUUGAAUGUGUUAUGUGAGCUACGCUCUCUCAGCUCAGACCUCAUUCACAGCACAGACGAGGAAGAUGAGGACGAUGAACUAGGACAAGGAGAACACGCACAGAAACACUGAACACACACUCAUAGAGUCAGUAACCACAGAGGGCAUGUACAUUUAUUGUUGAGUUUUUAGUUAUAAUAAUUCAGUCCUGUUGGUAAUGAGUAAUGAGUAAUGUGGGAAUGGAUCUGCAUGUUUUAUUUGAAAAUUGUAAUAAAUAAAUAUUUUUGUUUUUGUUUUAUUUAAACUUUUUUUUGAUUAAUCUUUUAAUUUAUUUAUUCAUUUUCAUGUGAUUCAUUUAUGUAUGAUUCAUUUUCAUGUGAUUCAUUUACUGAUUUGCUUCUCUUUAAAUCCAGUUUUAGACUGUGAUAUUACAAAGGUCUUUCCAGAUUAUUACUUGCUACACUGUAUGAGAUCACCCCAGUAAAGUUGUCUGAAUUCUAGAAUAUAAUAUGUUCACCAUGUAAGGUUUAAAUCCUCUAAAAACAGAUUCGCAAUUGAAUAACAUUACUCUGUUCCAAUUCACAUCCUUCAAAGCACUGGCAUGUUUUGUUUACUCUCACAAUCCCCCAAAACUCCCACACACCCAAAGUCUCCAUAAAACAAAUGAGACAGCAGUGUAUCCUACAGAAACCAAAAGUUGUCCACAAUGUGAAAACAACUCGGAGAGUAAGCUGGACUAACCAACAAAAUGACAUUAAUACAGAAGUAGGUGUAAGAGGAGUGAGUCCACAAACUCUAGGCGAAGUAAUACAACGACGAUAUCUUCAAUAAAAAUCUGAAUACAGAAGCGCUGGAAGGCCGAGUGCAAGAAAUAAAAGAAGAGUGAAAAAGACUCCGCUGUGUAGGUGAUGCAGUUCACCCCGAUAUCAAGAGUUUAACGUAGUCUCCUGCUUCCUCCGCUGAAAUAAAGUCCUUCUGAACACCGUUAUAUGUAAUGCGAAGCCGAGCUGGGUGAAGUAUUCCAUAGCGAGCGCCCUCAAUACCACGAAGUUGAUGCAGAACCUCGUUAAACGCGGCCCGGGCCGUCUUGGCUGUGUAGUCGGGGAAAACGGAGAUGAUCAAAUCCCUCACUUUAAUCCGCUGGAGCUCUCUCGCAUGGCGUAAAAUGUCAACACAGUCACUGUGAUAGUGGAAUCUGCACACGAUAAACAUUAUUUUUAAACCCUGGAUCUGUUACAGAGACCAAGAGUCUCGAGUGAGCAUGGAGCAGAACAGACGUGUAGAGCAGGAGUGUGAGGGAUUAGGCACGUGAGUUAGAGCCAGGGCGUAGGGAGUAAGAGGACUGGGGGCGGCUGUGGAUCAGGGGGUAGAGCGGGUUGUCCACUAAUCGUAGGGUUGGAGGUUCGAUUCCUGGCCCACAUGACUCCACAUACUGAAGUGUCCUCGAGCAAGACACUGAACCCCAAGUUGCUCCCAAGGGCAAGUUAGUGCCUUACAUGGCAGCUCUGCUACUACUGGUGUGUGAGUGUGUGUGUGAUGGGUGAAUGAGACACCGUGUAAAGCGCGUGGAUAAAAGCGUUAUAUAAGUGCGCCAUUUACCAUUUAAAACUGGGAACUGGUCCCUGGAGGUCUAAGGAACUCUUGACAGGAACCUGUUGUAUUAGAGAUAGGAACUAAAGGAGAUAAACUACUGAAGAAGAAAUAGGGACUAAGGAGAACUCUGACCCUGGAGUAAAAGUUAUCAGAACCAAGAUGACCCAGGAGGACCUAGGUCUAGUCACCGAGUAAGAUAAUGACAUAAGAGUAAGUGGUGAUGAGGAGAAAGCAGAUGAAGAACAGGAAAAUCUUAUCAAAUGUUAAAGAUUAGCAUGUGUGUUAUUGUACAUGUAAUAUGUGUUUCUUUUGAACUGAAGUGAUCUCGUGCUACUGACGAUUACAUUCAGUUUAAUGCAGUGAGACAGGAGCAGUGAGACAGGAGCAGUGAGGGAAGUGGAGGUUAAAUGUUUAACUUCCUCUGAAUUCUGAUCUUAAAAAAAAAAACAAUUUGAAAACAGCAGCGUGAGCAGCUUUACUGCAUCUCAUUUACAUAUCACCACACUCAGCCAAUUACAUCACGCCUCAUUAAUACACUACCAUAGUAAUUAGCAUAUCCCCCUCUCUCUCUCUCUGCCCCUCUCUCUGCCUCUCUCUUCCUCUGCCCCUCUCUCUUUCUCUCUGCUCCUCUCUCUCUGCCCCUCUCUCUGCCUCUCUCUUCCUCUGCCCCUCUCUCUUUCUCUCUGCCUCUCCCUCUCUCUGCCCCUCUCUCUCUCCCUCUCUCUCUGCCCCCCUCUCUCUCUCUCUCUCUCUCUGCCUCUCCCUCUCUCUGCCCCUCUCU